CAGUCCCAGGAACAACACUCACCUUCUCCCAGCUGGACAAAAAAACAUCUCCCAACUCCCAACUUCAGAGUAAAAGCCUGCAAUCAAGCGGACAAAGACGCCGUGAUAGAUGUGGUUUGAUGUGUGGUUUCUCCAUCCUUAAUACCGCGACAAUCCGAGGCGGCUGCGAGGGCUUCCACUGUUAUGAGGCGACGAUGAGCAGCGCACAAGUCAGCGGCAGCAAGUGCGCGUCGGGGCCCGUCAGCAGCUUCACCAUCCAGUCCAUCCUGGGCACGCCCGUCCAGGCGACGCGCACCGGGAGCAAGGAGCUCUCCAAGGGGCAUGCGGUGCAGGCGGUGCAGGCGGCGGCGGCGGCGACGACGACCACCGGUGCCCCGCCACGGAGGAGGACGCUGUCGGUGUCCUCGGAGGAAGACUGCAGCGGCGGGGAGGACUCGGCGGACUGCUUCUCCUGCUCGGAACCACCGGGUCACCGGGAACACAACUUCUCAUGUUUAGGUGCGACCAAGGGGCUCCUGUCCGCCGCCGAGGGUCUGGCCAGGAGGCAGGACUACAAGGAGGCGCAUGAGGACCGAGGCUGCGCGUCCCCCGAGGAGCGGCGGGCGGACGACAAGCAUCUGCAGGGCGGCUCGGCCAAGAAGAAGACGCGCACCGUCUUCUCCCGCAGCCAGGUGUACCAGCUGGAGUCCACCUUCGACAUGAAGCGCUACCUGAGCAGCUCGGAGCGCGCCUGCCUGGCCUCCAGCCUGCAGCUGACCGAGACGCAGGUCAAGACCUGGUUUCAGAACCGCAGGAACAAGUGGAAGCGGCAGCUGUCCGCCGAGCUGGAGGCGGCCAACAUGGCGCACGCCUCGGCGCAGACACUCGUGGGCAUGCCGCUGGUUUUCAGGGACAGCUCCUUGCUGCGCGUCCCGGUCCCUCGCUCCAUCGCCUUCCCGACGCCCCUCUACUACCCCGGGAGCAACCUGCCGGCCCUGCCUUUGUACAACCUGUACAACAAGGUGGAGUACUGACGUGACGGACUCUUCUUAAAUAUGACGCUUCCCGAUAUGUAUUAAAUACACCAUGUGUAUUAUCAAUAAUUUUAUACUUAUUUUUUUUUUUUUUUAGCCUUCACAUCACCUUUCAAUCCUCCUAUUUUUAACAAUUAAAAACCCCUCAUUCUUCCAUCGAAGGGAAACCAUUUCAUUGUUUGUUCUGUAAUCUGCAGGAAUAAUAAGAACCUCAUUCAAUACAUUUUCUAUUUCAGUCCGACACGCUUUGUGCAU